AUGUUCGGCAUUUUGAUCAACAACUGCUACGUCACCGACGGGUUCGGGAAGAAGGCGGAAGUGAUUGACGAGAAUGGCCCGGAUCCAAGUGCAGGAGGCAGCCCGUACGCUUUGCCGCCAACCAGUGGGGAUUUCCAGUUUGACGCCGAGGCGACGACCGUCUUCGGUCCGCCAGUGCCGACGCAGGCCAAGAAAGCCCCCCGAGCCAAGGCGACAACGGUGGAUUCCCUGACGGUCACCGAGGAGUUCGCGACCAACGACGUCGGCACGGCCCAGCCGACCACGGCCAGAACCUCGACGAAACACGACUACAACGACUACGAGGACGUCACCAUCCCGCCCAACCUCACCGACCUGCUCGCGAACCUGCCCGACGACAUCAACGCGGACAGCCUGCAGAAGAUGUUCAGGGACUCGGUGAUCGACAGGAAGGUGCUGCUGGAGAGUAUGGAUAUGUUGAAGAAGGAGAUGAUGAAGGAGAGUGCUCACGUCAUCAAUCCGCAUGUCAAACGAGUUGGGAGGAGUGGAGAAAAGGUCGAUCAGAUCAAGGUCGAUUGGAUGUCGGCCCGGCAUCGCGACCAGCCGAUUCCGGCCGAUUCCGGCGAGCGGAAGGAGAACACAACCACUACAGUCGUCAGACGAGACGUGAAAAAUCAAACCGCUAUUGGGCCCCCGUUGAUUGCCGGCCAGUUGAUGAUCUACGAGCUCGACGAGGAGCCGCCAAUGGAUGCCGUGGAAAAGCAGAACGGAAAGGAUUCUGAGUGCUUCUACUCACACUCGUUGCUCUUCUGGGCGUCUGCAGGCCUGGGUGGCUUGUCGGUGGCGCUCCUCAUGUUGUUGCUCCUCAUCUCCAUCAAGUAUUUGAGGCUGACGAGAGAAAAAGACACAUCCUUCUCCUCGCCUCGCCGCCACCUGACCGCCCAUGAGACU